CCUUACACGACAUGCUCUGUUUCACCUUUGCAAACUUCCACAAAUCCCGCGGGCAUCAUGACCUUGGGGAUUAAUACCUCGCGCUCGAGCCUUGACACUUGGUAUUGGACAGAACCUCAAGAUCUCGGGCUUCCCUGCGUUCGGCUUGUUGACAGAUGUCCGACUUCAUCGAGCUGUCCAGUCCCUACGGCUCAAGUCCCUAUGGAUUGGGCGAUAAGCCUCACGCUCGACCUUCGAUCCGGUCACUCGGUCCACUUCAUCGCAGGUCGGGUUCCGCCCAGUACAAUCCAAUUCUGACUCCGCAAGAAGAGCAGAGUAGCGAUGGCUUCCCAAGGCGCAUGGAUAAAGCGCCGUCGAUGACGACUCUUCCUCCGAGCAGAGUAGGGAAAUUCGGAACAGACCUGGUCGUCGAAAUCAUUGUCUGCACGUUCGCGGUUCUGGUAUCGGUGCCUUUCAUGUGGUUGGCAAUCACUAUGGCGCACUUUAAUCACCAGAGAGUGACAGAAGGAGAUACGAAUUACAUCAAGCAAGCAACAAGCACGGCCUCUACACUCUUUACUAUCCUCUUCGCAGCCGUCUUGGGCACGACGCUCAAGCGAUUCGCAACAUGGCGACUGGAGAGAGGCGUCAAACUUGGUCUGCUCGAGCAGAUCAUGCAGAGUCGGACAUUCUUCGCAGCUGUCACCACCCAAGUGGCUUUCCCUGCUUUCAACCUCACCGCCUUGAUCUUGCUGGCAAGCUGGGUGUUUUCACCACUGGGAUCCCAAGCAUCCCUGCGUCUGGUCAGUACUGGUCGGGAUCACACCUCACAUUCCGCCGCAGUCAGCCAUGUCGACACCAUCUCCAACCAGGUCUUCGACUCGGUGUCGGGAGUCGACUCAUUGCUGACUUCACUGAAACCGAGUUACAUCAGCUCGGUCCUUGGUCCGGACACCAUGAAGAAUGGGACUAUGGAUCUCUGGGGAAAUGUUAGGAUACCUUGGCUGGUCGACAACCUUGACAAGAACGCCGACGGUUGGGCCAUGCUAUCUAGGGCGAACUUGACGGAAGGGUCAUUCUCCGCUCUUGUCGGCGUGCCUAUCGCGUCCUUGGCAAACCGGAACUCCAGCUUCGUUAUCGAAACGACGUAUAUGAAUCUCGAUUGUGACAAGCCGCAAGAUACGAAGGAGAUUAACAUCAAUUUCAACGUGACGUCCGGGAACGGCACGUUCUUGGGGCCCAACACCACCGUCAACUCCGAAGAUGCCAUAUAUCCAUUUUGGCAGGUGGCCAUGAACCAAUUUGUCUCGGAUGAUUAUUACUUCUACGGCUAUCCAGAAGAGCUGGUCAAUGUCACAGAUGUCAACCUACCCCAGGCGACUUUUCUCUUUCAGACUCGCGGACCAUGGGUGGCAAAGUGCCAGAUCAACCAAAUCUACCUUGAAUCGAACGUGUCAUGUCAGUCGGUGCCCGAUUCAGGGCUACCUGUCUGCGCUGUCACGGCCCAGCGAAAUUCACCCAACAAGCAUGCACCGUCAACGGUAACUACACUCAGCUUCCCAAGCACUUUCUCCUAUCUUGCGCAGACAUGGAUUCUGGCAACCGACCCGUUGUACAGCUCAGGCUACUCCUCUCUGAGCGAGUACUACCUACAAAAUACCUCUGCGGCUUUCAUCCUCAGCGGCAAUGGUCGCGAAUAUGCCGACUAUUCGAAUGUCACCGCCCGACAGUUUUCCCAACGACUGGGCCAACUGCUCAACACUUGGGUGCUUUCGAGCCAAGUCUCCGCCGACACCAUGCAGUAUCCCUUGAAUCACAAGACUAUCACGGCUUUUUACACGGAAGGAUUCGAUGUUUACGUUGUGUCGUGGGCCUGGCUAGGCGUCUAUUGCGCUUCGAUCGGGGUGAUGCAGAUUGCCGCGUUCUGCAGCAUUUGGUGUGCAUACCACACGACCAUUCCCGAUGUGCUAUCUUUCUGCUCGUCUCUGACCCGAGAUUCGGCAUACUUUGAUUUCGCAAAAGGUGGUAGUGCUCUGGACGGGAUAGUCAGGGCAAGGAUGAUGCGGAAUGUCGAAGUCAAAUUCGGUGAGGUAGUCAAUCAGCGCACCGACGAGGGAUUCCGCAAUGACUUUGUCAACGACAUCCCCAGCCGACCUGGUGAGCGGAUGGCGACUCUGGCUGUAGCACCGCCAGAGUAUGUGCGCAAUCCGAGACGUGGACUUUUGUAUGCAUGAGAUGGCGUUUUUUACUCUACAGUUCCGUAAUAGAUAAUGCAGAAUGCGACAAAUGUGUCCCCUGGAUUGACCACCAGGUCAGUGACGGGAAAU